AUGGCUUCCCCAUCUCCAGUCAGCGCUGCGGCCCAUAUACUGCAACUUCUUUCACAACUUCACCAAAUUUCGUUGGAGCAAGAAGCUGGUAUUUCGAAAAAAGGGAAGGUGUUCUCAUCAGAUGUUCUGGGCGAUCUUGAGGAUAAAAAUCCAAAGAUCAAUCCAAAGGAUGACUUCGAUCGCCUCAUGCUCGACAAAUUCAUCGCUUUAGAUGAGGAUAAAUGCCAGUUCACCUAUCAAUUGAUCAACGCCAUGGGUGCGACGAAUAUUGUCGAGGCAGGUACUAGUUUUGGUGUCAGCACAAUUUAUCUGGCCCUCGCUAUUGGCAAAACCAAAGCAGCCACCGGUAAAUCUGGAAUUGUUAUCGCGACCGAAAAGGAAACCAAAAAGGCAGCAAUUGCUCGAAAGUACUGGAGACAAUGUGGUCCGGAAGUUGAGCAACAGAUUGAUUUGAGAGAGGGUGAUCUACUUGAAACCCUCAAGACUGAUUUGCCGGAGGUCGAUCUUCUUCUUCUCGAUAUUUGGUCGGCAUUGUCGCUUCCUACGCUCAAAACCGUUUUACCACGUCUUCGGCCGGGUGCAGUUGUUCUUACGGAUAAUACAAUAUCGGGAGCCAAGGGGUAUGCAGACCUACUUGCUUACCUGAGAGCUCCUGAAAAUGGGUUCGAAAACAUGACUCUACCAUUCACGAACGGAUUUGAAAUGAGUGUUUACCGACCUCAAUGA